AUGUUUGACACUAUCACGGAGCCUAGUACCGGCGAAAGCAAAGACGAGACUUCUAAAAUACUCUCAAAUCCCGACCAAUUAGUCCAACGCUUCCUGUUACAGACCGAGCCAGUUUUUGCAAGACUGACAGGAUUAAGAGAGAAAGGAUGGGCUAAUCCUGCGGGCGAUGCUUACUUCCAGAAGCAACGGAGCAGAGCAGAUACUGCGGAUCGUAACGGUGCUUCGAGAUUUUACACGAUGAUGCAACAGAUUGGGGAUGAGUUGCAACGCAGUACAGGUGCACUUCGUCAAACUCCUGAAGAGGGUGUCAAGAUCUUGGAUUUGUGCAUGGCCCCGCGAGGUUAUACAGCGAGUGCUUUGAAGUACAAUCCGGGAGCAACAGCUUUCGGGAUUACUCUACCACCUGCGCAAGGAGGUCAUGAGAUACUGUUUGAGUCUUCCCAAUCCAGCGUUAUACUCCUUGAUGUCACAAUGUUGGUCAAGGAAUUUGGCACAGAGAAUCCUCCGAGAACACAUCCGGAGUAUGCCAGCUUUAUACAUGAAAGGCCCUAUAUUAGACCCACGUUCGAUCUAGUCUUUUGCGAUGGUCGGGUUCUUCGGCAGCAUCAGAGACUUGGGUAUCGCGAGAACAAGGAACCGCUCCGUCUCACAGUUUCACACUUGAUCCUCGCACUACAACGCAUCCGAAGGGGUGGGACGCUCAUCAUGCUGUUACAUAAGAUUGAAGCGUGGCACACGUUGGAGCUUCUAUACAAUUUUAGCCGCUUCUCCUCCAUACAGGCUUUUAAGCCUAAGAAAAAACAUGCAAUAAGAUCCUCCUCCUACCUUAUUGCAAAAAAUGUACAACCAGAUUCCGAUGUGGCUCGGGUAUCAGUCGAGAAGUGGAAAAUCGCCUGGCAGAGAGCAACUUUUGGUGCCAAUUGCGAAGCAGACGAGGGUGUAGUAGCUGGUAGUGGUCAUGUAAAGAGUGUACUUGAUCAAUUCGGCAAUGAAUAUGUCAAACUAGGGCGGCCGAUCUGGGAGAUUCAAGCAGAAGCUUUGAGCAAGAUGGACUUCACCAAAUGA